GGGAUAGGAUGAAGAUAAACAAAAGAUCUCCACAUUUAGGAUUAUGGAAACAAUAUUUUCCUCCCCUUCUGUUUGUAGGUGUUAGUUAACUUAUUAAUUCUAGGAUGACUGUUUGUAUUAUCGCUGGUUUAUUGCUGUUGUGAGCAGCCCUUGUUUGUUGCUGCUGCUGUUCAGUGUAUAUCUGCAUCCUUCCUCCAGGCAGCUCAUGGAAGCCGCUGUGGUUUUCUCUCCCUCCCCCCAAUUUUAUCCUUGCAGAACCCUGUGGGGUAGGUUAGGCGGAAAGCGAGAGUGAUUGGCCCAAGGUCAGACAGUAAGCUUCCUGGCUGAGCGGGGAUUUGAACCCGGGUCUUCACAGUCCUGAUGUUUAGUCAAACCUUUGCACUCUGCUAGUGUAGUGUAAGGGUAGUAAUAAAAAUUAAGAAUUGUCAGACUGUGGGUUGUUGUUGCUUCUUAGAUUCCGUACCUGCCCUUCGCCACAAAAUCCCAGGGCAAGCUGCAAAACUUCAAUAUUAAAACCAGUCAGAACAACUUACAAUCAGAAGACUAGGGUGGGUAUCCAGUAAAGCCAGAGCAGGGAUACAGGACGCUGCCUUAUGCAGAGUCAGACCAUUGAAGGGCUCCGUGGCUUUGCCUGCAGAAGGCCUCAGGUUUAGACCCCAGCAUCUGCAGGUAAGGCUGGGAGAGACCCCUGUCUGAAACCCUGGUGAGCUGCUGCCAGUCAGUGUGGACAUUACUGAGCCAGAAGGACUGAGGGUCUGAAUCAGUAUAUGGCAGCUUCCUGGGUUUAUUUAAAUCAUCCCUUAAUUUAGAAGCAUGAGGACUAGAAUCUUGCUUUAUUUUCAAACGCAUUGCUGCAGCUUAUUAGUACAACACAUUUACCCACAAAAGGAUCCUGGUUUGGUCCCCAGCAUCUCGAUUGUAGGCCUGGGAAUGUCCCCAGCCUGAAACCCUGGCGAGCCGCUGCCAGUCAGUGUGGGCAAUACUGAGCUAGAUGGAUGCAAUUGUCUGAUAAGGCAGCCUCUUUUCCUUAAAUAGCCCAUAUCUUUCCUACUGCUCAUCCAUAUAAAAUUGCCCUACGGGUAAUAAACUUGUCUACAUCAACCAGAAAUAAUCUGAGUGACCUUUCCAGGAAAUUCUGCAAGGAACAGAGAAAUCUGCCCUUAGGUGAACUGUACAAAGGGGGAUGCCUUUUGUUUUUAUUUAGAGCCUGAUAGAGGGAUAUUGUGACAACAUGGAGGUGUUGGCCGGGAAGCCACUCUCCCUUGAUCGUAUCAGUUUUUAUUUGCAGGUCAAAGCUCAAACCUUAAACAAGAAUGACGGCAGACAUUGAGCGACUCCUUAUACAGUUCAAAGAUGAGUCUGGUGAGGCCUUGGGGUCCCCCUUCGAUGUCCCCAUCGACAUCACGCCGGAGAAGAUGCAGCUGGUCUGCAACGCCCUCUUGGAGAAGGAGGAGCCGCUCCCGCUGGCUUUCUACGUGCAAGACUCCGAGAUCGUUGCCUCUCUGAAGCAGACGUUGGCGGGGCAGGGGCUGGAGACGGAGCGGGUGGUGGAGAUCGUCUACCAGCCGCAGGCCGUGUUCAAGGUCCGGGCCGUGACCCGCUGCACCAGUUCCCUGGAGGGACACAGUGAAGCCGUCAUUUCCGUCGCCUUCAGCCCCACUGGGAAGUAUCUAGCCAGUGGCUCCGGGGACACAACUGUGCGCUUCUGGGAUCUCAGCACGGAGACCCCGCACUUCACUGCCAAGGGUCACCGUCACUGGGUGCUCAGCAUUGCUUGGUCUCCCGAUGGCAGGAAACUGGCAUCCGGAUGCAAAAACAGCCAGAUAUUUCUCUGGGAUCCCAAAACUGGCAACCAGAUUGGCCGGGUUCUCGUGGGACACUCCAAAUGGAUUAUGUCCCUAUGCUGGGAGCCUCUGCAUUUGAACCCGGAAUGUCGCUACCUGGCCAGCUCCUCCAAGGAUGGCAGCAUUCGCAUCUGGGACACGGCAGCUGGCCGGUGCGACAAGAUCCUGACCGGCCACACGCAGUCUGUGACCUGUGUCAAGUGGGGUGGAGACGGGCUGCUGUACUCCUCUUCCCAGGAUCGCACCAUCAAGGUCUGGCGGCCCCAAGAUGGCGUCCUCUGCCGCACACUUCAGGGUCAUGCGCACUGGGUGAACACCAUGGCUCUCAGCACAGACUAUGUCCUCCGCACAGGGGCGUUUGAACCGGCUGAGGCCUCCAUCAACCCCCAGGACGUUAGCGGAUCCUUGGCAGAGAUAAAGGAGAAAGCACUGCUGAGGUACAACCAAGUCAGGGGUCAAGGGCCAGAAAGGCUUGUCUCUGGGUCAGAUGAUUUCACACUGUUCCUGUGGGUGCCCGCAGAGGACAAAAAGCCCCUGCAGAGAAUGACCGGCCACCAGGCGCUGAUCAACCAAGUCCUUUUCUCCCCGGACACCCGGAUCAUUGCCAGUGCGUCCUUCGACAAGUCUGUCAAGCUAUGGGAUGGCAAAACCGGGAAGUUCCUCACCUCCCUGCGAGGGCAUGUCUCUGCGGUGUACCAGAUUGCGUGGUCGGCCGAUAGCCGCCUGCUGGUCAGCGGGAGCAGCGACAGCACAAUCAAGGUCUGGGACGCUAAGACACGGAAACUGGCAGUUGACCUUCCCGGCCAUGCGGACGAGGUGUUUGCAGUGGACUGGAGCCCCGAUGGUCAACGGGUGGCAAGUGGUGGGAAGGAUAAAUGUCUGAGGAUAUGGAGACGAUAGCUGGGGAGAAGGACUGUAAAAAAAAUGGACCCGAUCCAUUUGGUGAUUCUCUCGUGACGCAGGUUGCGGCCUACAAGCCCUCCAUUUUACAGAGGGCUGCUUGAAUCAAGACUGUCCUUUUUUGUCUUUAUUUCUUUUUUGUAUCGAGAUAAAAGCGUCCUCUCCUCUCUGUCA